AUGAACAAAGAUUUCACAGAUAUUUGUAUUUACAAAAGUAUAGAAGAUGUCCAGUUCAAAAAGUUUAUAUACAACAAAUUGUUGCCUUACGCAGAUGACUUAGAGGCAGAAUCGCAGGCUUUAUUAGCUGAAAUUAAGGCAAAUUUAGGACGUGCCGUUAUGAUUAAUGAAACAUGGCCAGGCUGCUACAUAUGGGUUACCAAAUUAUGUCAUUACAUAAACAUAUACGGAUUUCACUUUAACAAAGAAGAUCACAUCUUGUUUAUAAAGUUAUUAUAUGAACUGGUUACACUUUCAGAAAUACCUACAGCUUCUACAUUUAAAUGUCUUCUUGCGUUGCUAGUGUUAUUAAAAAAAAAAAAAUUAAUAUCUCCUGAUGAACUGGAACUGCCAUGGCGGCCUCUUUAUAAAAUGAUCCUUCGUAUAAUGAAAGCAAAAGAGACACGUCCUGAAAUGUGUCAUAUUUGUAAUUUUUAUGAAACUGCAACAGAAUCACUUAUUAUAUAUGCAAAAGUUUAUUUUCCUUUGAGUGCGACGCAGGAGAUAUUAGAUGAACUGAGACCAACUUUAUGCCUCUUUAAUGUUGUAACAAUGUCUAAAAGUAUACAACUAUUACGAUGGUUUUUACCAGUACAAUUACCUCCAAAAUACCAUUCGAUUGGAUAUCAAUUAUGGUUUGAAGAAUUCAUGAUAUUGUGGGAAAUGUGUCAUAAUGCAGCAACGUGGGAAAAUAAAAUGAUGGAAUUAAUAGCAGCAUUAGCUAAUUACAAUAUUGGAUACAUUAAUUGGGAACCUUACAUACCACUAAUGUUUACUAGAUUUAUGCGAUGCUUAAAAUUACCAGUAUCAUAUAAUAAAAUACAAAGACAUAAACACCAUGAAAUGGAUGCAACUUCCAUAACAACAUGGAUAGUAGCAGUUCUGGGGAAUGGAUCAAGUGCUCAAACGUACCUUGAUAAAUUUUUGAAAACAAUAGAAACAUAUUUUCAUCCUGCCAAUAGUGGUUGCUGGUUGGGCAUAUUGAAAGAGAUUCUUAUAAAGCUUUCAUUUUCUUUUGUUACACGUUUGCAUAAAGAAAGAUACGCCAAGCCAACUUGGGAAACUUGUAUUCCCGAAGAAUAUAAAUUAACCGAUAGUGAUGUCGAUGCAUUUGUCAAAAGUAUGUUGCCUGUAACUAUGGCAGCAAUGUUUAAUAAAUUAAGUGUUACUGAUGCAUCAUAUGCAUUGCAAUAUCUUGCUACUAUAAGGCCCAAUUUGGUUAUUCCAUAUGUUUUGGAUAGAGUGUCUUCUACAUUAGACAUGUCUUCUGUCACAAUAGAAUCAUAUAAAUUAAUUGCCACAUUGAAUUGUAUGGAAGCUAUAGCUAGGCCAAUGGCAGAAGGAUCUAAAAAUGUGAAUGAAGACUAUACGUACCCAGAAGGUCCAAGACAUAUUUUACCACUACUUUCUCUGCUUCUGUUUAAUAUCGAUCCAAAUAAUCCAGAAAAAUGCUUUUUAGCUUUCCGCCUUAUUUCAGUUUAUGCCUGCUACAUACCUAUUGUGGAUACUUCUAAACCAAUCGCGACAAUAGACGAAGAAGAGAGAUUAGAUUAUGAAACAGCUUCUGGAUUUGAAGAUUUCGUUUUACAAUUUUUGGACAAAAUAUUUUCGUUUAUAGAUCACAGUUCUUUAGAAUUGGUGAGAUUAGAAAAUUCUGCUGGUGGUGAGAAGAGUAAAUUAGAAAAAGUCACAGAGACUGUUGUGUAUAAUGUGUGCAUGGUCCUGUUAAUGCAGAUUAAUGACGCGAUAUUUAAAAAGGCCUUAGAUAAAUUAUGCACAUAUAUAACUGAACGUAUACUUGAAAUUAAAGUUGCUGGGCAGUUGGCAGCUGGUUUGUGUCGAGUAUUUGCCCAAGUUAAUGGCAAAGAAACUUUGCAAACGUUAUUACCUGUACUUUCACAAACUAUCCUAGAUAUCACUGGCGAGAGUAGUGAUAUUAUUAAGGAGGAACAUGUGGACGACCGUCUUUUACAUGCAAUGUUGCUUUUAUCUGCAACUGUUCAUACAACAGGGAACAAUUUACUAUCUUAUAUAGAUACACUCAUAACAGUUCUCGAUCGUGUAGUAAUAUUAAACUCAAGGGAAGGAAACAACUUAGCUUGUAUAUUACUAAAAGCAAUUCUUCAAUCACUAUCCAGUGUGGUACCAUAUCAUUUUACAUCUACUGAAGGAAUGAGAUACUGGGGUCAAGUUAUGGAUAUUAAUACUUUAAAAGUUAAAUGGUACAUACCUGGCAAAGAAGAAAUGGCUGCAAUAAAUCGAAUAUUUUUAAAAUAUCUAAUUCCUGAAGCAAAUAAAUUAGAAACAUAUUGUAAAGAUUGGACCACAUUAACAAGGGAAGAGUUAUUGACCAGCUUGAAUAUUAUAAACAGCGUUAUUGAAGGUUGUGAUUCUGUUUUACCCACAUACGAAGGAAAACCACUAAAUUUAAUAAAAUCGUCUUUAAAAUGGCAACCUUUCAGGCUAAUACUUGGUAUGAAACGUGAGAUAUCAAUGCCUGACGGUAGUAAUGUCAAACAUUACAUUGGGACACUUAUGAGUAAGCUGCAAAAUGUAAUACUUGAGAAUACCGAAGGUGAUACGAAAAGUUUAUUUGUUUUGAUAAAGAUUUGGGGUUAUCUUUUACUUGGAACUGCGUCUGUUACGAACACUAUUGCAAAAUACAAAAAUGUAGAGAGUGCGCAGAGAAUAAUGAGGGAUAUGUUAGUAAGGAAAAAGGGAAUAAUAGGAUCCUUUGUACUGCUACGUGCGGGUGUUCAACACGGAAUGCGUGCAUAUUCACAGAUUUUUAAUUUAACUGAAACUCAUAAAGAAAUAAUGUUAAAAUUAUUUACACUAGCUACUAGCAGGUAUUCUGGUGUGCGAUAUCAAGCUCAAUACAUCCUUUCUCGGGCUUUCCAUUAUUUAUUGUUUUCGUGCAAAGUUAUUGUUCCAAAAUUACUUGACGCGUUGAGAGAGGAUCCGGAAGCGGAUCACGAUGCGUACGAGGGAGCUUUGAAUAUUUUACUUGAUUCUCAAGAAACUAUUAUGAAACACGAUCGGAAUAUAAUGAGAGAUUUAUGGACGACUCUGGUACUUUCUAAACCAUGUGAAAAAUUAUCUAUAAUUCGCUUGAAAGAGGAUAUUGUCAAAAUUAUAAGUAAACAAUUUACAACGAUCGCUAUUACAUUUGAAAUACCAGAUACAUGUUUGGAAUUAGCAACUGCUUUAUGGAGUACUAAUCCUCAACCUAAUUUACCUCAACCUACAGAGGAUGAAAUCGCGGAAGGUUUAAAAAUUGCUCGAACGUUUAAUGAAAGUAAUUUGGCAUCCUAUAAUGGCUUGGUAAAUGAUUUGUUAAGUGCACUGUUGGAAAAGAAUUUACAUUGGCGACAUCGUUUGAUGGCGUUAGAUUUUAUUCGAUAUUUGGUUCACCCAGAACAAAUUUAUCCGUCAAAAGUAGUUCGCUACUUUCUAGAAACAUUGAUACACACGUCAUUAACUGAAAGAAAUAUUGCUCUUCGAGUAGUUAUAUCUAUGUUGCAACAACAAAAAAGAGAACAUCCAAAGAUAACGAUUGAUGCACCAACGUUACCAGAAAAUCAAUCUGUGAAAUUCGUAGUAGGACGGAGGCUAGAUAAUUCUUGGCUUCAGUAUAAUUUCGAAACUCGUCCGUUGACUGCAGAACAGUGGGAUGAACCUAGAUUUAUUCACAAGCCACAUGUAGGAUAUUACACUUGGCCAAAGAAAAUUGAAAUGUACGCGCCGACGUCUCAACAACCGUGUCUAAAUCCAGACACACGAGAAUUAACAGAUUACGAGAAAGAGGUUGAUCUCUUUUUUAAUAAUUUGCAAAAUAUCGAAAAACUAAUAAGAUUUUAUAGCCUCGAGACGAAAAAGGAUAAAGACAAAUUUAGUUUCUAUAGAUACCGGUUUUUUAAAAAUCUUUUCCGUAAUCACGGCAUAGUAUUUUUUAAAAAUUUUUUGCCGCAUUUGUACAAGUUAGUAAAGGAUAAGCAAGAAAGUGAUCAUAAAUGCGCAGCUGAAAUUAUUGCGGGAAUUAUCAAGGGUUCAAAGCAUUGGCCAUUUAAUAUGGUUUGUGAAAUGUGGGAUUCUUUAUUGCCAGUUAUAAAGCUCGCCUUAAUUAAUAUGACGCCAGAAACUCUUGCGGACUGGGUCCUCUGUUUCUCUACAGCUCAACAACAUAGAGAUCCAAAUAGACAACAUUGGCUAUUGGAAUGUUUGAUGGAAGAAAUUUGUGUUGGUGAAUCAGAAUCAUCCUUUAUUGAAUCGGGACGAUUGUUUAUUUUACAAACGGCUCUUGCUAAACAAUCAUGGCGUGUUUUGGAGUUAUUGCAACGUUUGUUGAAACGGAUAGAGGAUAGAUUACUAGAAAAUCCAUUUGAAAACGUGAGGGAACGACUGAGCUCUGUUUUAGUAACAGUGUUCACGAACUAUAAAACAUCGAAUAGUCAGUCGAUACCGCAAAUACAAGAUUUCUUAGAUAAAAUAGUGCCGAAAUUACAACCUCUUGUAGAUGAGAAUGCAAUAAAAUUCAACAACGAUGUAAAAAAUCCACCUGUGCAUGUAUCUAUUGUUAACUUGAACGAUUUAAAAAAAAUAGGAAUAAACGAAGAAGAAAAAGAAAGAGCAAUACGAUUACUCAAGACAAUUUGUAAAUGGAUUGUAAAUAUGAAUUGUGCAUGGUACGGUUUACCACCAGAACUGUAUCAAAUAUUCCCAAUUAUAUAUCAGAUGGAAAAUUGCGAAACGGACGAAGAAUUGAAAAAGUCGUGCACAUCUGCUUUAACAGUAUAUGCACAAGCAUUCACAUUGCCGUGUAACAUGUCAAUAGCUAUAGAAGCAGUAGAAAAAAUGUCAAAACACAUAUCUUGGUGGACAAGAUUUUCUUGCUUGGAAUUUCUUCAGGCUUGGGUAUUUUACAAUAUUAAUCCAGCAUGGGUUAACUUUGUUAAAGAUAUAGUUUUACGUUUAUUGGAAGAUGAACGAGUUGAAGUAAGAAAAAAUGCUGGCAAAGUCCUUAGCGGAUUAGUCCAUUGUAUGUUUAUACCGGAACAAGAACAUUUAUUGGAAGAAUUUAAGAAAAAAGCAAAGACUAAGUUAUAUAAAAAGGACACUUUGAACUGUAAUAAAGGAGAAACGAAAAAGAAUAUAAAAUCUGACGCUUUACGUAUUCGUCAUGCAGCUAUAAUAGGAAUGUGUGCCUUUGUACAAGCUCAUCCAUAUGACAUACCAAAAUAUGUUCCUCCAAUUUUUGAACAUCUUCGUGCUCAUAUGAAUGAUCCACAACCUAUACCAAUGACAAUUAAAAAGACGUUGGAUGAUUUUAAGAGAACUCAUAAUGGAUUGAAAGGUGUGAAAGAGUAUACCCAACAUUUCACAGAAGAACAGUUGUCUAUAUUGCAAGAUUUAAUAAUGCCACCAUCCUAUUAUGCCUAA